AUGUUUCGCACGGCCACCUCCGUUUGCACUAGAAGAGAAGAAAGACGAGAAUCUAUCGAGCUUGCUAGGAAAAUUGCGGUCAGUAACGGCUACACACCUAUGCGGUCUAUCACAAAAAGAGCACAAACCCGAAAUAAAUCUGGUAUGGAGAAAGUACCCUUUUGUGUACCAUUUAUUUCCGAUGAGGUUAGCGCUGCUAUUCGGCGGUGUCUGAGGAAAGCUAAACUUGAAGAAUCUGUCACCAUCGUGGAGCUCCCCCCUAGUAACCUUAAGCAAAUACUCAUUCGUAAUCGCCUAUAUGAUCGUAUUUGCACGACACCGGAGUGUAAAAUAUGCCCGGAUAACAACGAGGGUGAUUGCAUGAGUUCAUGUGUUGUUUAUAUGAUUUGCUGUGUACAGUGUGGUGACGAAUACAUAGGAGAAACAGCUAGACCACUAUGUAUUCGAAUCAAAGAACACCUGGACGGCAAAAGGAAAUCAUGUGACUCCACUGCAUUGGGUGGUCACAGGGUGCGGCGUCAUAACGGAGAAGAUUUUGAAGUUAAGAUCACGAUUUUGGCGCGCGAACCUAGCAUUGCGGCGCGCAAGGCUCUGGAGGCUUUUUGGAUCCACUCCAAGAGUCCAAAAAUGAAUCGCAAAGAGGAAUGCCUCUCCAUUACGCGGGAACUCGCGCCUUAUUUAAGGCUGAUAUUUGAUUGCGCUAGUCACCUCACAUCAGGUAUCUAG